AUGCCCCCCACCCUGCGCCCCCCACUCCGGGCUGUCCUGUCCCACUCCCUGCCCGAGCCGGGGGUCCCGCGGCGUCCCCCGACCCCCCCCCGGCCCCUGGGGCUGGCGGAGAUGCCGGGCCCGAGCUCCUCGUCCUUCAUCUUCGAGCUGCUGUGCCGGGGGGUGCGGAGGCUGCACGAGAUGCAGGUCCACGCGCGGGCGCGGUUCGGGCCGCUGUGGCGGGCGCGGUUCGGGCCGGUGCUCACGGUUCACGUGGCCGAGCCCACGCUCGUGGCUCAGGUGCUGCGCCAGGAGGGCCCGACCCUCCCGCGCCCUGAGCUGCCCCUGGAAGGACCACCGGGCCCUCCGCGGGGUCCCGGGGGGGCUCCUCACGCUGAUGUGAGUAACUGCCCGGGGGCCCGGCCUCGGCAGGGGGAGGGUGAUGCCUGGCGGGGGUCCCGGCGUGUGCUGGCGCGGGGGCUGCUGGCUCCGGGGGCUGCCGAGCGCUUCGCGGGCCCGGUGGCGGUGGCGGUGGCCGAGCUGGUGACGCGGCUGCGGUGGCUGCGGCAGCGCCACCCGGGGGGGGUCGUGAGCGACGUGGGCUCCGAGUUCAACCGCUUCGGCCUCGAGGCCAUCUCCUGGGUGCUCUUCUCCUCCCGCCUGGGCUGCCUGGGGGACAACGGGGACCCCGAGGCCACCGAGGCCACUGAGGGUGUGAUCCGGUGCGUGGGGGCGGUGCUGGCGCUGACCCUGGUGACGAUGGCACUGCCCAGGCCCCUCCUGCGCCUCGUCCCUGCCCCCUGGGACGCCUUCUGUGGAGCCUGGGACCAGCUCUUCGCCUUCGCCAAGGCCCACGUGGACCGCCGGGUGGCAGUGGUGGCAGCGCAGGGGCCACUGGCCUCGGGGGACAGCUGUGUCACCGACCUGCUGGCCCGGGAGCGGCUCCCCAUGAGCAGCAUCUACGGCAACGUCACCGAGCUGCUGCUGGCGGGGGUGGACACGGUGGCCAGCACGCUGGCCUGGAGCCUGUACGAGCUGGCCCGGCACCCGGGCACACAGGCGGCCCUGCACCGGGAGCUGGUGGCCGCCACUGCCACCCACGGGGUCCCCAGCGCUGUCCCCAGCGGUGCCACCAGCGGUGACGGGGCCAGCGCCGGGGCCACCGCGGCCGCGCUGAGACGGCUGCCCCUGCUGAGGGCUGUGGUGAAGGAGACACUCAGGCUGUACCCCGUUAUCCCGGCCAACGCCCGCGUGGUGCCCGACCGCGACAUCCACGUGGAGUACCUGGUGCCCCGCCAGACCCUCAUCACCCUCUGCCACUACGCCACGUCCCGCGACAGCCGCUUCUUCCCCGAGCCCGACUCAUUCCGCCCGGAGCGCUGGCUGGCCACCCCCGGCCCCGGGCACCCCUUUGCCUCCCUGCCCUUCGGCCUCGGCCCCCGGAGCUGCGUGGGGCGCCGCUUGGCCGAGCUGCAGCUGCACAUGGCGCUGGCUCAGAUCCUGCUGCACUUUGAGGUGCGUCCAGAGCCCGGGGGGGCCCGGGUGACCCCCAUGACCCGAACCCUGCUGGCCCCCGGCACCCCCAUCGGGCUGCGCUUCCUGGAGCGGUGA